AUGAACGUGAGUACAAGUGCAUUAGGAGUAAGAAGAAGAAAGGCCAAAGCCGCUAGUCAAAAUAUUGACGAUGAAGAAAAUGCUGCCAUUUUAAAAUUAGGACCAGAAUUUCAAUUAACCCAAAUAACAAAUUCCGGAGAAGAAGAACAAUUAAUUGCCUUGAACUUAUCAGAAGCAAGAUUAUUGAUUAGAGCAGCAUUGAAGGAACGAAAAAAUAAGAAUAAAGGUAAACAACAACAAGCACAACAACUGGCCCUGCAACUGACCCAACUGCCAGAUCAAGACGAAGAUGAUAAGGAAGAUGAGAUAUCCAAUAUGGAAUUAGCUGGUCCAAACUCAAAUGAAAUUAUGCAUAAAACUCUUAACUAUUUGUCAAACUUUGCCAGAUUUAAGAAUUCUUCUUCUACAGAAACCGUAGAGAAGUUAUUGAAUGAUUUUAGCUUGCUGGCAAUAGAACCAUUACAUCCAUUUGAAUUGGCCCAAUUGGGUACCUUAGAAUGUGAAGAUGCUGAAGAAGCCAAGUCAUUGAUACCAAGUUUAGCAAAUAAAGUAAGUGAUGUUCAAUUGCAAACUUUACUUACUGAAUUAAGAAAAUAUCAAACAUUAAGUUGA